UGAGGGAAUCACUGAUAGUUUAUUGCUCUGUGAUGUAAAACACAGGAUUCCCAAGGGAAGCCUCUAAGAAUGGAAGGGGGAAUGAACGGCAUAACACAUAUUACAAAACAGAUGGUAAAUAAAGAGCUAGAAAGUGUAACAUUAUUGAAGUUGGAGAAAGUCAAACGUGUAAAAUUUCUAUUCCUAAUGCCAUUAAGAAAACCAACAUAAUGUUGUGCUGUCAGUGUUAUGGGAGAAGUUGCAAAGUGCUCAUCCAUUCCAAUGACCUCGGGCCUUUGCAUUCUUGUGCACUUAAUCUGUGUCCAGGUGACGUCAAUCAAGUAUUUUUUAAAAUGUGGUAAUUGUUUCUGAGAAUUAUAAAAGAUUUACACAAACAUAAAAAGUGUUUUGCUCAUACAAAUAUUUUCUAUUUUUUCUGCAGUUUCAUCAAUUACUUCAGUGAAUAAGUAUCCAGUCAGUGAUUUUCCAUUUGUGAUUUUUUCAUUUUUAUCUAUUUUGUUUUAAGAUCAUUAUUCAUCCAGACUAGGAUGGCUUUUUUGGGGGGCAGCUACUGUAUGUGGUAAUUUGGCCAGUUUGGUAAUGCUAGUCCUCCAGAUAGUUUAUUCUUUUUUAAGUGUUGUGAAUCUAAUACAAUCAUUUUAACUGUAUCAAAUAAAAGUGUGUUAUAAUUUUUUCCAUGUAGUGAAGUUGUUGAAAUAGUUUCAGUUCCUCCUGGUGUGGAUAAUGGUAUCAAUGAUCAGCUGUUAAAUCCCUCUUUGGUAUCAUUUUCCAGUGUUCAAUAAUCAUAUUACACCACAAGGUAUUUUAUUUUGCGACUGAAUGCUGUGCGUUUUUGGUCGGCCAUAUACAAUUGCUGCUGAUUUACUCGUAUUUAAGUUAUACUCAGCAUUACAACAUAGAAGGACACAACAACCAAGUAAUCUACACAAGUAUUUUAUGGUAAAUCAAAAAAAGGCAAGAGGCAGAAUACAAUACGUUUUUAUGCUAAGACUGAAGCACUGAUAGGACUGUUUAAUGAGCUGCUGUACAGCCUAAAAUGUCAAAAUGAAAGGUAAUUUUUCAAAACCAAUGUUUUGGGUUUUUUUUUACAUUCUGUAAAUAAUGGAUAAAAAUGCGCCUAUAAAUAAAUUAAAUAUAUAUGAGUGACUCGCUUCUCCACCAUCUUUUUGGUAUCACUGCCUUGUUUAUGCUGAGCCAUGAAACACAGGUCAGAUUAAAGUGUGGAGUACCGUCAUCCGUCGCUAGAUGGCGAAAAAAGACACAACUGAUACUGGCGUGUGUGAGACUACGAGCAGGGGCUGGCCUUGACGGAGGAGGGCCGUCGUGCUUAUUUCCAGUUUCUUUGUACAUCCACACAGUAGAGCACGAUAAACCACGCCGCUGUGACAACGCGGACCCCUCGUGGCUGAUUCCGGCCGGUAUCAGACCACAAACUUCCCUGACCAGCAGAGAGGACGAGCAGACCACAGACAGGGUGACUGUGGUCAAAGAGGCUAACUAACCUUGUGUCUCCCGAGUGAGGCUGAAGAUAAAGGAAAGUUCACAACGAUGUCAGGCUUAAAAAAGAGGAACUCAAAUUCUUCUGUUGACAGAGAGGAGGACAAGCAGGCUACAGAAAGGAUGCUCUCCCCGUCAGGCGGCGGGGAAAAGGGGGACUCAGACCAAGGUGGAGGACCAGGAAGCGGCGACAAGAGCCCGGGGAACGCCACUGGAGGAGAGGGGGGUGGCGUUGUGGUCCUAAAAAGAAACAUUACUCUAUUCAACGGCGUGGCAAUCAUCGUGGGCACGAUUAUAGGUUCCGGCAUCUUUGUUACACCGACUGGCGUGGUGAAGGAGGCAGGCUCGGUGGGUCUUUCUCUCGUUGUAUGGGCGGUGUGCGGAGUGUUCUCCACCGUGGGGGCUCUCUGUUACGCCGAGCUAGGGACAACUAUCACCAAGUCCGGUGGGGACUAUGCCUACAUCCUGGAGGUGUACGGCUCAUUGGUAGCUUUUCUCAAACUCUGGAUCGAGUUACUCAUCAUCCGACCGUCCUCGCAGUACAUCGUCGCCUACGUUUUUGCCACCUACCUCCUGAAGCCCCUGUUCCCCGUAUGCCCGGUGCCAGAGAACGGGGCCAAGGUCGUGGCCUGCCUCUGCAUCCGUGAGUAUCCGGGCCAAGCGAAGCUGACCAGUGCCUAAAGGGAUGAUGCGUUUUCAGUCAUUGAAAAGCGCCUGAUCUAGAUUGGUUGAAGUUGGUGUCGUGUGCUUUUGUGUUCUUCUGAAGUGAUAAAACGCUUGUGUGACAGACAGAAAAGUUGACAUGAGAAGCCUCUUGGUGAUACUUGCUGAGCACGUGUGAUGUCUGAUGGUAAAAGGCGCCCAGCCUCACAGUGGCGUAAAAUCCAGCAAUAUUACAUCAGCUCUAAUGAUGGUGAAAGAUGCACUCCCUCAUCACUGGCUAAUUACCCCAUUAACAAAUAUUAUUCAUCUACAUUCACUUUAAAAUUUCCUUUACAGUUUGCCCAAUUAUAAUAAUAACAAUUAUGAUAAUUAAAAUGAUAAUUUAUUAUUUAUCUACAUUUAUGUUUGACUUUGAAUGUGAAAAUUAACCCUGCUUGGUGCAGAAGUUUAUAGCUGCCAGUGAAAUUAAUAAUAUUCAGAAAAUAAUUAAAAUUUAUAAUGUUUGGUUACAUUUAUACAUGUGCACCUAUGUUUACAUUCAUUUGUGAACCAUUUACACGUACUGUAAACUACCAUUUUUCAUAACUAUUUGUGUUGUGUGAAGUUCAUGUAACCUGGUACCAUGCAGAGGAGUGCUACAUUGCUGACAAUUACAUUCAGCCCUAAAAUGAUCAAAUAUGUAAGCAUGUUCCCAAACAUAGUGUGUGAUGUUUUGGAGUGAUGGAAUCUUACAGAGAUUAUCUCUGGAUUAUUUGCCACUUGAACAUUUUCGCACCAGUCUGGUUCAAGAUGUUUUAUUUGACCACAAGGGAAGCAAGUAACCCUGGUAUCUAAUCUCCAGAUGGAUUGAAGGCUAAAUCCCCACUGAGACCACAUGACAAAGCCGUGCACCAAGAGGCUUGCCUGUUUGUUUCAUGAGGGUUGCUUGCUUCAGUGUGUGAGUGCAUGUCUAUAGUCUAGGUGGAGGGUUAGUCCGGGCUAACUUUGGGGCCAUGAGCCAAAUGUACGCACACGCAUGCACACAUACACACACAUACACGCACGUCUAGCCAUUCAAAGGUAUCUGUUUGUUCUUUGAAUUAUUGUAGCAUUUGAUCAUACUAUGUUGGACCAUGAACAGUCAAGAUUAUGUAAAUGUGUAGAUGUGGACACGUAUGCCAAAGCAUUAAUGACCCACGUCUUCACAAAUCAGGGUACAUUUCAAUACAAAUUACUCUGUGUGUCUAGGUGUAAAUUAAUGUAGGACCAGCCUCCCACUGUACUUUUGGCCCCCUCUCUUUGUCUUGGUCUCUUAAACACAGAGUCUCAUUGUGCUCUGUCUCCUCUCUCUGUUGUGGCCGUGACCUGAUUUAGGAGCUUUGAAAAGAACCUGCUGCCUUACUUAAUCACUCCUAAUGGCAACCAGGGUGAGGGGCUGUUCCAACAACCCAGGAAUUUGUACAUGUGUAUUUAGCAGGGGAUGGUUACCAUUGUUGUACAUGUUUGAGAAGAAAAGGUGAAUAUUACAGUGUUACGAUUUUACAACAUCAUUUAGCAUAUGUGUUUGUCCAAUUCAACAUAUAUUUGAGAGCAAGAUCUAGACAGAAGGAAACAACAUGAGUAAGUGCCAAAAACUGCUAUAAGAGCAAAAAAAAGUUAUUAUCAUUAUAUGGAAAAGGUAGGGAGGGACUUUGCAAAUCUGUAGAUCUGUCAGAGUUUGGUAAUUUAUUGAUGUGAUGGGAGCACCAGGCACCCUUAUAUUGGCAGGAGGGAGUGUCGACCUGCAUGAGGGACUGGCGGUAGGCAGGAGCUGAUUUAGUUGCAGUAUUGUAGGGAAAAAGUAGGGCUUUAUGUUUGAUAGGGCUGCUACUAGACGCCAGUGCAGAGAGAUGAACAGCGGACUGACAUGUGCUCCUCUGGGUUAGUUAAAAACCAAGAGUUGCUGUAGUCAGUGUGUGAUAUUACUAGAGCCUGUACCAGGAGCUUUACCGUGAGCUCUGUGAGGUAGGGUUUAAUCCUCUCGAUGUCAGAGAGGGCGAAUCAGCAGGACUGAGCACAUGAGGCGGCAUGAACCUGAAAGGUUAGCUGGUCGUCAAUCAUGACAGGCAGAGCAGAUUUAGUGAACACAGAAGCUCAGUUUGAACAGGUUGGGCUGUAGUAGGUCUUCCUACAUCUGUUUAGAAAUGCUGCUGAAACAUGGUAAAAUUCAGGCUGAGGCAGCAGUGUUAUCAGGAGGGAGCUGCUGGGUCUCAUCUGCACCGUAGUCAUGUGAGAAUCCAUGAGAUCAGAUGGUUGCACCAAGUAAUAUCUACAUCUUUUGUCUACAUUGAGAAAAGACGGGGGCCAAGCACUGACCCCACAGAUAGGUAAUAUGAUUUGGGUACUUCUCCUCUCUAUGGGACUCCAAAAGAUCUCCCUUUGAGGUAGGACUUGAACCACUGGAGGGCAGACCCAGAGAGACCAAGUUCAAUGAGUGUGGAGAGGCGGAUUUGGUGGUUCACUGUGUCAAAUGUAGCAGACAUAUUCAGCAGUAAUGAAACUGAGGACUGACCAGCAGCUCGAGCCAAACACAGUGAUUCUAUUACAGGCAGAUGAGCUGUUUCAGCGGCCAGACUAAUUUGGAUCAAGCAGGUUGUUGUUGUGCAAGAAGUGGGAAACCUGAUCAAAUGCAAGGAAAGGCAGAAGUAAAACGGGCCUGUAAUUAUCCACCUGAGCUGGAUUGAGACUGGAUUUUUCAAGCCACGUGCAGGGGGAGUCUGCUUUUAAUGCUGUGGGGACAACCCCACAUAACAAUGAGGAGUUUAUAAUCUGGGUUAUUGCAGGAUUGAGCUGAGAGGUAAGCAAAAGGUUCACUCGGGUUGGGUCCAGUGAACACAGGUCAUGGGCCUUGAGUCAAGCAGAAGCCUAGUGACUUCCUCCUCAGUCAGCAAGGGACCUCUUUUUGGAAGCUGCAAGCAGAGCUGGUUAAGAACUGGUUGCUGAUGGUGGAAACCUCAUCAGUGAAAUUCGAGGUAGUGAGGUGGAGGGAUUGGGAGCAGGUGGUGGGAGGAGAGAGUUCAACACACAGGUUUUGCCUUGAUAGACUACCAUCAUGGCAGAUUUGAGAGAGGAUGGAAACACAUCGCCAACCGAGUCAUAUCACUGCCCAGAUGUUCCCCACCUUCUUUUUGACACACUGAACCCUGCUCUUGGCUCUCUCUCAUUACCUUAGUGAGCCGUGGACUAGGAGGGUGUUAGCGGCCAGGCUUUCCUCUGAGAGGACAGAGUUGAUCAAGAAAAGAGGCCAGUGAGGAGCAGGGUGUGUCUGUUACCUUGUUAACAGAGUGUACAGAACUUGCUAUUAGGCAAGGCAGCCAAGACCUUAUUAGCCAGCUGGGUUGAAAUAAAGGGACUGAUACUCAAAUAAAGGGAUUAUAAUAUUAUGUUGUUGACAAAUCUGCCCCCUCCUUUAACCAAUAAGCAGAGUUGAGCAGGAAGAGAGAGAGAAAGAGUAUAUAAAAACACACUUAUUUUAAGUAAACUGAAUUAUUAGAGUAUACACAGAUCAAAAUGCCGUUCUGCCGACAGGUCAUUUACUGACUCAAGGACUGUUUUCUGUGGUAAUGGCAAGUAGGGCUGGGCGCUAAAACGAUAAGGAUAUAUAUUGAAAAUUAAUGUCCCUCGAUAUCGAUUUGAAACAUGGUCAAUAUGCUUUUCAAUAGUCGGCAUUCUGCCACGUUUUGGUAGACUAUAGGAAUACCUAAUGAACAUGAAUGAAAUGAAUAAAUGGAUGACACAAAGAUCUCACAGAUGCUGUAGCUUAUUGUAUUGCAAAAGACAAGCUACUAAUAAGCACUUUUAAAUUUCAUUUAAGAGUACCAGGGAACAUUUAAGAUUGACAGGUGAUUUUUUUUAUAUUGUGAUAUAUAUAUCGAUAUCGACUGAUAUGAAAAAACAUAUAUCGUGAUAAACUUUUUCCCAUAUUGCCCAGCCCAAAUGGCAAGUCAGUGUGUUUUGGUUAGUGGAUAGGUUUGAUGUUGAUCUCACAGCUGGAGCUCCACAAUACAUCGUGACCUCAAGAUGGCAGCAUUUUGUCUCACUUUAGGUGUGUCAUCCAUCCAUUUGUACAGUCAAUGGGUUGAUCAAAGAAACAAGGUGAGGCACAUCAGGGCUGCUCAGUGACCAUGCUAACUAACCCAUGUGCUUUUUUUUCUCUCAUUCUUCCUUGCAGUCUUGUUGACCUUUGUUAACUGCUACAGUGUGAAGGCGGCUACCAGAGUACAGGACUUCUUUGCAGCAGCCAAGCUCCUGGCACUUGGACUCAUCAUCAUCAUCGGCUUCGUCCAAAUUGGCAAAGGUGUGAUAAGCAAACACGAUUGCACGCCGUACUUUCAUAAUGUCUGUGCCAAUGCUUUGCACUGUCCCAUGAACACUGUGAACAUUUCACAACUCAUUUGAAGAGUGAAAUGCCAUUCAACAAAUAAUGACAGAUGUCAGAAUUCAUGACAACCUUGACAUCAAACUCUUUACUUGUUAGAUGGUGUAUUAAUAUAAAGAUAAUAAUUAUGAUAAAAGUAAAAACACUUUUGAGGGAAAAGAUUAAAUGCCCUUAAAGAUAUUCCUGCUACACAAUACAUGUGGACGUUUAUUCUGAGGAGUUUGUUAGUUUGUUAUUGAAUGGACUGAGAUUUAGUAGAGCAACAGUUUGUGCUAAUGUUCAAUCACACAGUGGAGACUUGCAGUAUUAUAGACAGACACGUGUGUUUACACUGAUGUUAAGUGGAACACAAAUCCAUGUCAUGGCAGGAUCUAACACUGUUGACAAUAUCAAUAUUGUGCUGCAGAUUACCUCCCUAACAAUGUAAUCAUCAGCAGUCAUUAGGUUUUAAUACCAACAGUCAAUAAUACUAAUACUGUCAUAUUAAUAGUUUAAUAUUAGUUAAGGGUGUGAAAUUAUCCACCUGUGAUGUUGAGGUGUUUGUGAUUUUUUUCCUUUGUAUCAUUAUAUCAGAAGUGAACAACAAACACAGGACCCCACUGGCCGAGUGAUUCUGGCAUAUUCGACAUGUGCAUAAGCUUUUAUCUUUGUUGCAGUGGUUGCUCUCUGCCCUCUCUACUAUUCCAUUUUUUUCUCCCUUUUCAGCUGUGUAGCUGGUAUGAACAAAAAUACCCCCUCACCUUUACUCCAGCCCAAAAAAGAAAAAAGAAGUGAAGAAACACUUUCACAGGAAGACUCGCCCUCUGUCGUAAUUUGUAGAAAGCUUUUCCACUCUUUAAAUGAGUUGUUCAAAUGCCAACUCUCAAAUCUGUGUGAGGAUCCAAACUGUUGUAUUGUAGCUCCCAGAAUGUCUCUAACCAGAGUUAUUAGUUUUACAAAUGCAUACAAGCCUAAUUUGUUGAAAAAGAUUUUCUGUUGAUCCGUUAUUGCCCCAGAUAAUCAAAUUAGAGCUGUUAAUCUAGACCAAAUAGCAGGCGCAGGCUACAAAUAAUUCAGUUAACUCUGUAGAGGAGGACAAAAUGGCCUUUUCCUUUCAUUUUUCCUGUAACUUAAUCCACACAAACAAAAGCCAAACCUAUAAUAACUGUUUGGGGUUGUAACCGCUGUAAUGCUUCUUUGUUUGUUUGGUUUGUUUGAAGUUCUUUAGUCAGUACUGUUGAAAGUGGGAUUUUCUCUCAAACUUCAUUUAAGCUCACAGCUCUAAUUUAAUCAUAGAAAACGGCUUUGUAUCCUCUAAUAUCUGUUUUCGUUGGUAUUUUAGCUUAUCUAGAUUGAGACAGGAACUGAGCGUGUUGCUUUUUUUCUUUCUAACUCGCGUCUGUCCUUGCAGCAAUUCCACCACCUGAUUCAGCUGCACACUCUGGCUGCUAUUUUGGGCCUUUUUGAGUAUAAACUUUUUUUUUUUUAUAACAAUCAGAAAAAAAAUGAGAAACAGAGGUCUGACAUGUAAGAAUAAAGAAAGAACAACAAUCCAGCAGUUAUACAUUUGUUUCUAAAUGUUGAAUCUUUUUUUUUUUAUGUCACUGGCAUCAUUUUCACAAUUGGGAUUCACAUGACCAGCAAUAAUGUCAUUUCUCAUAUUCAAUAUAAUUAGAAUAAAGAGACUAUAGGCUUUCAAUGUUUAAAUGAGAGUUUAUUUUUUGUUUGGAUUUUACACAGCGUCUCAACUUUUUGGGAAAUCAGGUUGUACAUGCAAGGCACCAAGGACCCCCCAAAACCACUGUGGUUCUGAUAAUGGGGUCUUGGGAUGUUGUGGUUGAAAAACAGCUUGCAGGCCCUUUAUUCACAUAGACAGUGCAGUUAUUGGGCCCCCACAUUAGAGAGAGGAUUAGGUCUAACCCUCCUAGUCCCAACACUGCUCCAGGCUGUUGGUUUAGCAACCGUCACUGUGUCUGAGAAUGUAUGUGCAUGUUGUGGAGAGCAGCUUCACCAGGAAUGUGGCACAGAGCCCCCUCAAACAAGCAGCUGUCUGGGGAUCAGAGGUGAAGGGCUGCAACCAGCUUGUCAAAUUGUAACAAGGGCUGAUCAAACGAAGUGAAAUAGAAAUUAGCUCCAUUAAUGAACUUUUGUGGCCCUCUCUGGGAAAAAUGCAAUACACCACCGAUGGUUCCUUGCAUGUCUCUCCCAUCUUGCAGCCCCCAUUUUUUCAUCAGAGGCCUGAUCCAACCAUGCCUCAGGUUAAUCUACAGAGACAAGCCACUGUCUGGGUCAUUUAUUGACUGUCUCAGCCUGUCUGAACUCCACUGCAUUCUGCAGGCUCAAUCCUCUAUGCACUGAAAACUGAUUUUAAAUGAAUAUUUGAAUGUUUGUCCGUCUCUCUCUCUCUCUCUCUCUCCCUCUCUCUCUCUCUCUCUCUCUCUCUCUCUGUGAGUGUCAGGCUCAUGAAGGUCAUUGUUUCUUUUGUUGCUGGUUUGUAUCACAUACAAACUAAAAUGCAGUGCAGUAAUGCGGGCACAGACAUAUGUUUAUACUGUUGUUUCUGUUUUUACUGUUGUUCUCCAGGUAGCACAGAUGGCCUCCUUCCAGAGAAUUCGUUCGAGGGUUCCAAAUAUGAGUUUGGGAGCAUUGGCUUGGCGCUUUACAGCGGCCUCUUUGCCUAUGGGGGCUGGUGAGUUGACACAUUGACUCAACAUUUGGGAUCAGUCCUGCUGAGUCAAUAACCACUCAUGUUGACAAAGAUGGACUUAAACAUAAGAAACUAAUGUCUACGACCUUGAUGACUGACUGACCUUUUACUGAGUUAAUAUUAUGCUGUCAAUCAUCAUCAAAAACUCACAUUAAUUAACAACCAUAUUGACUGUUUAGUACACAUUUUUUCCAUAUCCCCAUUUUCUCUAAUCACUGCCCUCCCUGCAUGCAGGAACUACUUGAAUUUUGUUACUGAAGAGAUGAUUGAUCCUUUCAAGUGAGUAUUAAUGAGUGACCCGUAUGCUUGUACAAAAAAACACUGAAUUGUUGUGGUAGUCUAUGGUGGUAACCAAUGACGAUUGUUGCCUCUUCCUCAGAAACCUUCCUCGAGCCAUCAUCAUCUCGUUGCCCAUCGUAACCAUAGUUUACGUCCUGACCAACCUGGCCUACUUCACCACUCUCUCACCUGAGCAAAUGCUUGGAUCUGAAGCUGUGGCUGUGGUGAGUGAACUCAAUGGACUUCUUGAAUAUUUGUCUGUUUAAUUUCCAACCCUCUUUAUUUUCUUAACUCAACCAAACCCUUAAAUGUCAGUGUAACUUAAGAACUAACAAAGGUCAUUUGAAUGGAAGGUUUAUAGUGUUAAACCAAUUGCCUAGAGCAACUUCUGUGGAGAAACCCGGAUCUCCUGUCUGCUUUGGUAACAAUAUACUGCACUCUAACUCACUACUUAUGAACUCACAGUGUAAUAAUCUGCCAUGGUCUUAAAAAGCACAAAAGUGAAACUGUGGUAGCAUGCUUGAUGAUCAAGCUGUCAGACCACCCAUGAACAGGUGCUCUUGCUAUGACCAGUUAAGAAAUGAUUAUUUAUUACCACUCACACAUUUGAAGCAGAAGCAUAGCAAAGCAGUGUGGCUCCAAAUGGGGCAUGAGCCUGAGGUCCUUCCCUUUUGUACAUUUACACCAGUUUUAAGGGAGAUACUAUGUGCAUUCUUAUGACACUUCAUGUUCACUUGAUCAGCUCACCACCUCUUUUUAAAUCAACUAGACCCUGAUACUGUAAAUUUGAUUUUGACUUCUCAUGUCUGUGCUUUAUGUCUCACUGUUCUGCAGGAUUUUGGUAACCACCACCUUGGUCCAAUGGCGUGGAUUAUCCCAGUGUUUGUAGGACUGUCCUGCUUCGGAUCAGUUAAUGGUUCUCUGUUUACAUCUUCUCGGUAAAAACAAGUGCAUGCAGACCCUCAGACGGCGAACAUGAACAUUUAGACAAAUGAAAGUGUGUUUAGACUUUCCAACCAUAUUUGUUUAUCUGUAAAAUCUCAGCAUAACAACUCUUCAUCAGGAGAGUUACAAAGUUUAUUCUUAAGAACCCUUUAUUCUUUACUAGUUAGCAUUUACAGUUUGCCUUUCCCUCUCAGGUUAUUUUUUGUAGGUUCUCGAGAAGGUCACCUGCCCAGCCUGCUGUCAAUGAUCCACCCCACCCUGCUGACACCGCUACCUUCACUUAUAUUCACUGUAAGUAGUCCUCAAAAGACAGAUCUAUUGAAAUGACCAAGUGAGAAUGAUCUACCCACUAUAAAAAUGCUUUUCGGAGGGAAUGCAGUGCCGUAGUUUUUAUGAACAGUCUGAAAAUGCCUCUCCACAUUUCCCCCCUUCGGUAUAGCGAUGGUAGACUGACAGAUGAGGCAAACACACUUUGAAAAUGACAUAGUGGGAAAAAAAUUCCUCCUCCCACUCCAUAUGGAAGUGGUAGGUUUUUGGCUUUGUACUUGGUCCAGCUCCCCCACUCAAUUUUAUUCACUUUCUUACUCGCUAGAGUUUUGCAGCACUUAGUGCCAUUGUUUGUGCAUGCGCAGUGCCGCAUGUGUCAGAGAAGGUCAGAUAGGAUGCUGCCCUGUGUGUCAAUCAAGUGACAAAUUUCAUUGUGGGGACAGAUGAUAUGCUGACGUCUACUUUUUUUUUUUUUUAAUGCCAUACGAUCUACUCACGCUACCUUUGCGAUUGACCAGUCGAUUGUGAUUGCCGUAAUGGGCACCCCUGGAAUAGAGUAUAAACCAAAAUUAAUCAAACUCUUAGUAAUAGGAUGAAUGGCCUCUUUGUGCCACUACUGUCAGUGUCUGUAACAGCUCUAGCAUCAGGUUGCAUGGUUGAAAUUUAACGGCAGUAUAAAUCUUAAUUUUUCAAGUGUGUUGACUUCAUCAUUUCUUGUCUUGUGUUGCAUGUCUAAUGUCCUCUCUCUCACUCCCUCUAGUGCCUCAUGACACUCCUGUAUGCUUUCUCCAAUGACAUCUUCUCGGUCAUAAACUUCUUCAGCUUCUUCAACUGGCUCUGCAUUGCCAUGGCAAUUGUUGGGAUGAUGUGGCUUCGUUAUAAGAAGCCAGAGCUGGAGCGACCAAUCAAAGUAAGCCUGCUCAAUGCAAUCAACUAAGCAAAGCAUGAAAGAGGGUAGAGCUACUGUUGUGGCUCUUUUGAUAUGGCACUUAGAAGACAUGGUCAAACACACACAAACAUUAGGUCACUGGUGGGUAUCGCCAUCCACUCCCACUCAAGAAAGCUUUAGUAGUAAGAAAAAAAACACCUUAUUUUGUGUGACAAAGACUCAAACUGCAAAGCUUAGUUCUAUUAAAAGGGGAAUUCAGGAUACUUGUCAGCUGGCGCUGAGACCUGCUGAGUGGUCUGUGUGUGUACAAAAAGACAGACAAUGUGCUUCCCAAUGAGACCGGCGUCAGCUGCAGAAAUUAUGGACACAGAGUAAACCAUGGCGCUAUUGUUGCACUUAGCUUGCAUGUGAGUCUGUAAGCUUUCAUGUGUACAUUCUGACAGAUGCCCUGACUCCUAUCUGCCUAACAGCCCUUAAACAGAACCUGCCGGUUUGUGCGUGUGUGUGUGUAUGUGUCUGUGUGUGCGUGAGAGAGAGAGUGUCUGUCUGAGUUUGUGUGUUUGUGUGCGUGAGUGGUGGGGGACAGUGGUAGCACUGUCUCACUGCUGCCCUCGCUCUCUCUCUUUCACUUUCCCACUCUGUCUUUCUCCUUUCUUUGUCUGUCACAUUCCUGCUGUUCAACAGAUUCAGAGCAGAGUGGCAGGAGAAUUGCACAGUAAACCAUGUCUUUGGUGGACAGAUACUGUAUGUCAAUGAAACCUUUGUGUGGCAUUCAUUCUACUUGGCCAAAAGUAGGUGGUCGUCUUCACAUACUGAUCAUAAAUGAUUGUUGGGCAUUAUUGGACUCCUAAAACACUUAUUACCCUUCAGAGUGCAUUGUCCACCAGAUUCUUUAUGGCUUUGGGGAUUUGCUCCCAGUCAGUCACAAAGGCAUUUGUCAGGUCCGACAAUACCGUACAAAAGAGAGAGAGAAAACCUUAGGGACUAAUGAACCAAAGGUGCUUUUCAACAGCAGGAACUAGGGUCUAAAUUUAGUACUGGGAUAGUAGAUUUACCCCUUGAAAAGCCCCUGCUCAGAGGGUAGUACUUUUUAAUGGCCCAUGGAUUUUGAAAGGCUCAUUUACAUAAAAAAAAACAAAACAGGUUGAUUAUUUGCAUGGGGAGUACUGGUAGCAUUUAUGUACAUACUUCCCAUCUCAGGGAUGCUUUUGGCUGUUUGAACAGUUUAAGGGUUUAGACUGUCUUUUUGACAUUAUAAACCACUGUACAAUUUACAUACAGACAGCAGCUGAGCAGACAGAAGGUGUAACAGAUUGAGGUGCCAAAGGCCAACAGUACAAGAGCAAAUAUUCCCAGUAACUAGAACUGUAAUCAAUCAAAGAAAUUCGACUAAAACCCUGAAAGUUUCGCCCAAAAAUCGACAAUCGGGUUGGGGGGGUUCCAACUCUGACGGCAAACCUGGAGUGGGGGAUGACGUGGCUUGGUGGAGUGUGGCUCGGUGGUGUGAAAAUAUACUGAUAUCUGCACUAUGAAAUAAAACAAUAAAACAAAAGAAAUAAGCAUUGCACAAUAAAAACAAAUAUUCAGCAAACCACAGGACGUUGAUUAACGUCAACGCUCUCCAAUCUCCCUGUCUCCAGCCGGUCUCCAGUGGGUUGGGCGUAUCCAGAAUAGUGAAAAACAAGGAGUGUGCUCUGAGACAGGCUGUUACCUGUGAAACGGGGUGCUCUGAAAACACUCCCAUUAGCACUUGGUACAUUCCUCCUGAUGAAAUUAACCAUAGACUGUAAAUUGACGCUGAAAAAAAUGGAAUCGACCAGUCAGAAUUUUGGUCGACUCGGCACGUAUCGACCAAUAAGUUGACUGGUGGACUAGGACUUUACAGCCCUACCAGUAACCUGAGGAUAGUUUUUAAUCAUAUGGGAGAUUUCUGACGACUUUUUCUAUAAGAAAAAGUUCAGCAGAGACUCCACAAAGAGCUGUGUGAGUAACUUAACCCCCCCCAUGCCAUCCCUGGGUGUGGUUGGCUUGAUUUGUAUUAUUUCCCCCAAACUUCAGCACCUGAUUGUAGCUGAUGGUCUUGAUGUUCUCCUCCUGCAGGUUAAUAUCCUACUGCCUUUGAGCUUUGUGCUGGCCUGCCUCUUCCUCAUCAUUGUCUCCAUUUGGAAAACUCCCAAAGAGUGUGCCAUUGGUUUUGGUAUCAUUGCCACUGGAGUCCCUGUCUACUUUUUUGGUGUGUGGUGGAAGGACAAGCCCAAGUGGCUGCUUAAUGGGAUCUGUGAGUAUAAUACCCUAACGCCUUCACCUGCUCCUGAGAUGAAUCUGCCACACGUCAUCAGUCAUUGUUACUUCUUUGUGUGUCUCACAGUCUCAACAACAGCCAUGUGUCAGAAAGUGAUGGAGGUGGUGCCGCAGGAGUCCUAAAAGGCUGUGCCCAACUCUUCACCCAGUGGCUCAUUGAAGUCAAUUCGGGUUUUGCCAAGGGGUGACCUCUGGGUACUGAUGUCACAUCUCUUUCCAUCUUCCCACACACUCAAAUACAAACACACACACCCACACACACAUGCACACCCUGUCUGCAGGGUGGUGAUAAGGACCUGAUAAAAAUGCAAAUGUCUGAUGCUACUGCGUUCGAGUGGGAUCAAAUGUUUCCUUUUCUGUUUCUUGAAAUGAACAUUUGGGGUUUUUUCAUUCGAGUAUGACCUUUUUACUUUGGACUAACUUUUCCUUUGUAGGCCGUUAAUUGUUGAGUUUUUUACUGUGUAUUUAAAUGAUAGUUUUUAUUGGCACCAUGUCUUUCAGGAUGAUGUUAAUGUAAUAUGACCUCUCUCAUCAUAACCCUGCAUCAAGUCAAUCGUGCCUUAUCUGACAAAUGAAGGUCAGCUGUGUGUACAACAGGUACCAGUGAUGUCUGAGGCUGCUUGCAGCUUUGACUCUGACCUGCAGAAUGCUUUAAACAGAACUCUCUCGAUCCUCAAACCAUGACAACCAACUACUUAAAGUCCUGCAAGCAUCAGCUGGCAUUUCCUGACACAUUUUAUUUUCAUGGUCAGUUUAAAAUUGUGGCUAAAAAACGUUGACACAUUGGGUCUUGCAGUCAUUACUGUUGUCUUGCAUUCUGAGCUAAAGGCCUUUUGUGGUCUGGUUUAAUUGCUUGUUGAUGGACAGUGUUGCAUGUGUGUCAUGCAAUGACAUUUACCAUCCAGUGUUCAUCUGCUGAGUUUAAGCUCUACUUUUCCAUUAGUUUGUGGUUAAAGAUCUUGUCGAGUUCAGAGGGUUUUCCAUUUUCUCUGUCUUCAGAUUUAAAAUCAUUAAAUUGGUUAAAAAUGAAAAAUAAAAAUUGGUAAUAUUUCUCAAUUGCCUUGCUAAAUGAAGACUUCUGAAAAAGGACUUAAGACAGAUGGACAGAAGCUAAAGUUUAUGUUCAAAACCUUGUUUUCUUUCAAACUAUUACAUGCUGAAGUCUUAGUAGAUGUGAGCGCACUGGGUAUAUUCUACUGAUCUCACUUUGCAGAGUUGAUGGGUAUUUGAGUCAAAAUCCUUUCUAAGUUGGGUUUUGUUUUAUCCAUCAUGGCAAUAUGUUUUGUAUCUGUAUGUUAAAUUAUGUUUUGACUAGAUUGAAGAGAAAGUUUGUUUUUGUCCGAUUGUAUGAGGUACUUCUCAGAAUUAAGUGUAUUCCCCGCAGAGGGGAUCCCAUACGGCUUGGUGCCAUUUUAGAGAAACUGGCCAGAGACCUGGAUUGGAAGCGAGGUCUUGAACUUCCACAGAUGGGGCCAACUCUACCUUGUAAUUCAGCUUAUUUUAAACACGCACCCAAAUCAUGAUGGCAGUCUAUUGGUAAGCUCUAUUUUUGAAAAAUUUCAGUGCUUCACUUUGCUGUUUGUUGCCUUAUUUGUUUUUGCACAACAGGACACAUAUGUUCUUUUACCAUUGCAGCACUUCUGUGGAUAUAACUUUUGUAUUUCAGUUUUACACAGUUUUAAGGAAACAGUUUAUUCUAAAGAUGUUAACAGAUUGUGUGGACCAUGGGUUGUGUUAGUAUGAAAUAAAAACAAACAGGGAAAGCAGACCACUUACUCAGCAGACAAUGACUUUCCUUUUUUAUUAACUUUGUCUGAAAAUUGAAGAAAAUGUGAAAGUCCCCCCCCCAUUCUCUCUCUCUCUCUCUCUCUCUCUCUCUCGACAGCAGAGUAAAGCACUGAAAAUGUUCAAAAUCGGGCAUGCGCUUACAUUUAUAUCAGUGAUUGAGUUGGAGUCUCUUAAAGCCUAGCCUCUGUUCUAGUUCUGUGGCCUGUUUAUUAAACAUAAGGGAAACGAUAGCUGCUAUUUCCUCAUGAGAAAUACACUUAGUACUAACAAGUACUUCUUCAGACACCCCCUUUGAAAAACUUUCCCUUCAAAGUUGAGUCAAAAUAUGAUUUUGUUCUCCUGCUGAUUAUUCCUUAGGUCAGAGGUCUCAUUCUCAGUCUGGGAGUGAGAUCAACAUCUCAACAUACUGAGCCUGUUUAGCAAAAUGCUGUUUACAGUCAAUCACACUGAGAGACAAGCGACAACAGCAAAAAAGCCAUGUGACUAUAUUACUUUGUGAUGGUUGACUGAUAUAGAUUUAAAAAGCUGAAGCUGAUCAGGGAAGAACAGUUUGGCAAACAGCAGUUAUGGGGUCGGUGUAAUGAAGAUAGUUUCCCCCACAUCAGCACUUUUUGAAAUUGAAUUGUGUUUUUACAAGAGUGCUUUCAUGUGAUCUAACAUACAAGGUUAUCUUUUAUGGCAACAUGUUGUAGAUGGAUUCUUUACUGGUUUAGGAAAUAGUAAAAAUGCUAAAGUUCUGAUACCAGAAAAUGUCUAAUAUUUAUAUCAGAAGUAACACUAAACUGAAUUUUUCUGUGCUUUGUAUCAGAAUCUACGAACAUUAGCCAGUAACUUCCUUAAUGUUGCCAUUUAAAAUGGGGGGAAAGUGUUAUAAUUUAAAGAAGAUUAUUGACCUUAUGGAUGCUAAUGCUAAUAUGAUGCUAAUUAUUUUACAAUGUCCGUGCUCUGCACGACUAAUCAGCCAACUGAUGUAUCAGUCUAUCUUCACUACAACGUCAGGUUAGAGCAGUACCUUCGACACACUUCUUUGUCAGUAGGUGCCCUUGCUGUGUGUGGAUGGAUGAGUGAGAAUAUUUGUGUGUGUGUGCUUGUACAUAUGUGUGUUAACCAUGCAUGUGAGUCCUGUAUCUGGAUUGAUUGGGUGAAAAGGACAAAAAAGGAUCUACAAGUAGGUAGACAACCAUUUUUCAGUCCAUAGCAGAAAUGGAAAUGAAGAGUUUUUUUUUUUUAAUAGUAAAGCAAGUGUUCCAUUUUUCGAAUAAUAGUGUGAACUGAUAGUUUUUAUUUUUCAUUUUUGUCCUCUGUUUUUUCUUUUCCUGUUCACGAAACUGAUCAUAACCAUUAAAAUACAUUUUAACAAAAUAAAUAACUCUUCACUUGGCAAUGGACCAAAAGUAUACGUUACCCUGGCAACAUUGUUUCCUUGUGGGAUGGAGGAAGGGUUAAUGUGUAUGUUAUAGAAGUAAACCUUUACUAACACUCCAGACAUCAAUCAGCUGAUGGAAAACUAACCCUGAAUAAGACUGUAGAAAGUUUACUUUUUCUUUAUUUUUAGGAAACUUUGUUGUUUUGUAGUUCCUUUUUUGUUUACAGGACAUUUUGUGAAAAGUGCUUUACAAAAUCAAUAAAUUUAGAGGUUUUCAUCUGGUGCAUUUGGUUUGUGUUUUCUUUUCUUUCAUUGUGUGUGUCAUCCCCUUUUUUCUUAGCAGCUAAAAUACCCUACAAAGUAAAUGUUUUAUGCUAAAAAGUGUAGUCAGUAUUCAGGAACUUGAAUUAGGGUAAUCUGGAAUUUUAUUUGUUUAUUGAUACUGCUAAUAUGCUUGUUAAAUAAUUGAAUUUCCCCUCGCGGAUAGAUAAAGUCCUUACCUUAUCCUAAAUUCGUAUGAGGAACAACCACAGGGUAUGUAAAAAACCCACAGAGAACUCUCAACUGGACAAAUACAGUUAGCAAACAUGGUAAGCACACUUUAGCAAUAAGCUGCUAACAGACAAGAUAUUUUCUUUAUAAAAAAAUUUAACUAUCAGGAUUAUCAGAAAAACAAUCGUCAUGCAGAUAGAGCAAUAACUUUUAACCGGUUACUUAUUUUCACUGAGAUAAUUAGCAAAAUGAAACCGUCUUCAUGUUCACUUGGUAUCUUACCAACAAACUUCCUAAAAGAAAUAUAUGGAUCUGUCAUUCCAUAUAAUCUAACUAUAAUCAAGUCUCAGAAAACACAUCUCUUAGUGUUGCUGUUGGGAACUUUUCUUGUGGGGUGCCUCAGGGGUCAGUUCUGGGACCAUUCUGUUUUCAGUUUAUAGUUGCCCCUUGGACAUGUGAUCUGUAGACACAACACUUUUAUGCAGAUGACACACUCCUGUACCUUUCUCUUAACUGUAACGACCGGGAUCACAUCUUUCUAACUGUAUAACUGACUUUAAAAACUGGAUGGCCCACAACU